UGAAACGGUACCAGCGACAGACAGUUGACAUUGUGCUGUCUCGUGGAUUCCAUCGGUUGAACGGCUCUAUCGACAGAUUAACUGUAAAGAGCAGCCAUAACAGAGUAAUACAGUGUACAGCAACAACAAAUAAAACCAUAAGCAAUCAAACGGUUUUGAGCUCAGUGAAAACAUGCAGUUUGUGGCCACCGAACACCAACACCGACGUUUAAAUCCAUUAAAUGGACAGUGGGUGCUGGUGAGUCCCCAUCGGAUGCAACGUCCCUGGUCGGGCCAACAGGAAAAACCGCAACUGAACGAACAACCCGAAUUUGAUCCCAACAAUCCCCUCUGUCCGGGUGUGAAGAGGCCUAAUGGCCUCAUAACUGAUAGGUACGAGAGCACCUAUGUCUUUGAUAAUGAUUUUCCAGCCCUGCUGGAAGAGGUGCCGUCACCGCCUGCCAGCGAUGAUCCGCUGUUCCAGGCAGCUGCAGCGCGUGGCAAUUGUCGCGUUAUGUGCUUUCAUCCCAAAUCCAAUUUAACCUUGCCAACGAUGAGUCCAACGGAAAUUUGUGCCGUCAUCGAUGAAUGGAUAAAACAGUUUAAUGAGCUGAGCACGAAAUAUGCUUGGGUGCAAAUAUUUGAGAACAAAGGUGCCAGCAUGGGUUGCUCGAAUCCGCAUCCACAUUGCCAAAUCUGGUCGUGCUCGUUCUUGCCAACGGAGCCACAACUAAAGCAGGAGCGAUUGCGUUCCUAUUAUGCCACCUACGAUCGUCCGAUGCUCAGCGAUUAUGUGAAUAGCGAAUUGCAGCGACGGGAACGCAUUGUUAUCGAGAAUCCCGAUUGGCUGGUGGUGGUGCCCUACUGGGCCACCUGGCCCUUUGAAACGAUGCUCAUAUCACGCAACAAUAACAAACGCAUCAAUGAUCUGACCACCGAACAGCGACACAAUCUUGCACUGACCAUCAAGGAGCUAACCAUUAAAUAUGAUAAUCUCUUUCAAUGCUCGUGUCCCUAUUCCAUGGGCUGGCAUGGUGCACCCACUGGACCUGAGCAUGCGCACGCCUCGAUCGCCCAUUGGACCCUGCAUGCCCUCUACUACCCGCCACUACUACGCUCCGCCACCGUACGGAAAUUUAUGGUCGGUUUUGAGAUGCUGGCAAUGGCACAGCGAGACUUGACACCAGAGCAGGCAGCGCAGCGACUGCGAGAUGUUAAUGGUAAACAACAUUAUCAAAGCAAAUAAUUGCCUGCCUAAGCAAAAUUCAAGAUUGUUUUUAAAUUUGUCUUUAUCUGCUGUUAUUAAAAAUAUAUGUAAAUUCUAAAUUCUUAUGUUAAAAAGGAGGAGGAAAACAGCCAAAAUAUGGAGAGAAAAGUAAAUCGUUUGUGAUCGCUUUUUCUCUACGCUAAUCAAGAUUGCAAUACAAAACGAUGAUUGAAACAUAAA